AGUCACUAAGUGUCAUGCUGCCUUACUACAGUUUGGUGUUUGAAACAAAGUGCAAGUUUCCCAACUUCCUAAAUGUUUCCGCAGUUUGGUUUCAAAAGGGCAACAUAUUUAGUCUUGACUCUUCAGUAGUUAUUUUUAGCUUAAAAUUCUACAAGUUUUCGAGAGUGUGCACUUCAGAUGCAAUUAGAGGUUCUUACACAUGUAAAAGCAAUGUUACACACAAUGUCAUAGUAAUUCAUAAACUUAGUGUCAAAUAGUAACUCCUGCACCUUGUGUGAUACAAUAUGCUGUAAAUUGAGCCUCCAGUGUGCAUAAGUCUUCAUUCAUAUUUCCAGUUUUAUGUGAUUUCUAUAAACCCUUUUUAUAUUAACACAAAAUAAAGAUCGGACUAAUUUUUGGUUUCUUUUUAAAAUCAGUUUGAUGCUCUUAAUAGAGAUUGCUGAUUACUGAAAUUCUUGCACAGGUGUGGGAAAAAUGGCAAAGAGAAUUGCAGAGAAGGAGUUGACUGACAGGAAUUGGGAUCAAGAGGAUGAAGCUGAGGAGGUGGGAACUUUUUCAGUGGCCAGUGAAGAAGUUCUGAAGAACAGAGCUAUUAAGAAAGCAAAGCGCCGAAAUGUUGGGUUUGAGUCUGACAGUGGAGGAGCUUUUAAAGGGUUUAAGGGUUUUGUUUUACCUUCUGGUAAAGGAGGUGGCUUCACUGGAUUUGGUAAUGGUACAGAAAUUAAGCCUUUGGAAGGGCUGUCGAAUGGAAGCAGCGGUAUUUCUUCUACUCCCUCAUUCACUUGUGUAAAGACUGCUUCUGAAGCACAGCCUGCGUUUGGAUCUGUGGCAUCAAAUGGUCCCACCACCACGUUGGUUGAGAAAAAGGCGUCAGGCACAAAAGCUAACGGUGGCAGUCAACAGUCCUCUUCCUCGGAUUGCACUCAAAGUAAAACAUGCAGCUCUAGUGUUUAUCACAAACAGUUAGCAGCUCUAAACUGUUCUGUGCGUGACUGGAUAGUAAAGCAUGUAAACACAAAUCCACUCUGUGAUCUGACUCCCAUAUUUAGAGACUAUGAGAAAUAUUUAGCAAGCAUUGAACAACACCACGGAAGCAGUAGUGAUAGUGGUUCUGAAAAUGAAAGUAACAAAACAAUUGGAACUCAGUGUGUUCCUACAUUUGGCACUUCUAAACUUCAGCAAGGAUCAACUUUUUUGUUUAACAGCAACAAAACUGAGGAUAAAUCUGACAAGAAAACUGAAUCUACAAUGGAAAAGAACAGGGAAUCAUCAUUAGGAGCUACAUCAAAUGUUUCAUUUAAUUUUGGCAAGAAUGUUGAUAGUUCUAUUUUGAGUUCCCUUAGUUCUGGCACAAAAACUAGUUUUUCAUUCUCCCCUGGGAAUUCGGGUGUAUUUGGAAAAGACGAAAACCAGGGAAAGACUGUCUCUAUGCUUUCCAGCAAGGUAUUGGAAGCUCAGACAGAAAGUGGAAGUAGUGAUGACAAAGGAGGCGAGGAGGAGGAGGAGGAACCGCCAAAAGCAGUUUUUAAUGAGGUGAAGGAAGACGAUGCCUUUUACUCAAAGAAGUGCAAACUGUUCUACAAAAAAGAUAAUGAAUUUAAAGAAAAAGGUGUAGGAACACUGCAUUUAAAGCCUGCAGGAAAUGAAAAAACUCAAUUGUUAGUGCGAGCAGACACCAAUUUAGGUAACAUACUCUUGAAUGUGUUGGUUCCGCCCAAGAUGCCCUGCACAAGGACAGGAAAAAACAACGUUCUUAUUGUCUGUGUUCCCAAUCCACCAAUUGAUGAGAAGAGUUCCACUGUCCCUGUUACUAUGUUAAUAAGAGUGAAAACAAGUGAGGAUGCAGAUGAGUUGCACAAAAUUCUACUUGAGAAAAAGGAGGUCUAAACAUAGUGCAUACAAAUGCUCUGAGAAAUUACUGCCAAACUGCUGCUACUCGUUUUUUCUUUAACUUAGAACACUUCUUAACUCUCUACUCUUACAUUCUAAGAACGGUGUAGGAAAGCUGAAAAGUUUUUUGGGAGGAAAAGCUAAAAUGACUAAUAAAAGCUUUUACUGAAAACAAGUUUCCAUCUAUCUUCCCUCCUUUUUUGGAAUAUCUAAUGUAUGACCCAUAUUUGGACAAAAUUUGUGCAUUUAAUUUAAAGUGAUUGCUGGAUUGACAAAUCAAAUUAUAAAAUGGGCUACCCUGUGUUCCUCAAGGCUUGAAGGUUGAAAGUGGAGCAACCUUAUUUUUUGAGAAGGGAGAAUGCUGCAUUGUUUAACUUUUGAAACUGUUUCUAGACUGAAUUUACUUUUUUUUUCUUUCAAAAUACAAAACUGGUUUCUACUAGCUUUGGUAAGGGAUCUAAUCUUUUGAACUAUCACCUGAAAAAUUAUGCAUCUCAAUAACAAUGCCUCUAGAUUACAUUUCUUACAAUUUUUUAAAAAUAAUGUACUGUUGGGAUUUAGAAACUACAUCUGUGGUUCCUCAAAGAAAAUGUUUGCAUUAUUCCUGUUGACUUUAAUGUUGCUCUGCUUCAAAUUCAGGGUUUUUGUGUGUGUGUUUACUGUUACAGUAGUAGCCACAGAAAACUGGAGAUGAUCAUCUCUCAACGCAGACUAGCCCUAUAAUUGGUAUUGUUGAUAGAGCUAGAGGCAAGGGUAGAGAUUCCACUACUCACUUUUUCCUAGAAGUAUUCUUCUCUAUUCCCUGCAGGUUAUGGUUCAGAAACACAACAGUAGAAGCAGUGUAGUGUGGAAAAUAGGGUAUGUAUUUUCCCUUGCCCAAUCUGUUCAUAAAAUUUUGUAUGCAUGAACAUCAAAUUAAAUUAAAUAAAUCUUGCACUGUUGUAAGUGUCUCCUACACGGCCAAGAGUUUGUGUAAACUUGGGUACUAUACUAUUAAAUAUUUGUCUCUCUCUGAAAAAGCAAUUUGCUGGCAUUACAUAGAACAGUUGGAUUGGCUACAGCGUUAUAGCUUUUGGACUACUGAAACAUCUUAAUCUGAGCAAAGUAUUUAGUGUUAAUCUGGAAGGGAGCUCAGAUGCUGUAUAGACAUGACCAUUAUAAAUGUAAAUUGGUGCCUUUUUUGCAUUUGGUUUUGUAUUUAGCCACUGAAGUGUGUGUGUGUGUGUGUGUGAUUAGUUUCCUUCUAAAGUCAUGCUGGCACACAACUCAGAUCAGAAUUUAAAUGUCUGCAUGUUAAUUCUGUGAGUGAAAAAUCAUAAUGUGUACAAGUUUUACAGACUCAGGUUGAAGGGCCAAGGGAGGAAAUAGUUUUGAGUUUGUUUUUAGAAAACAAAAUUCAGUGAAGAAAUUGUUUUGUAGGCCACAAGUUACUGCAAAUGGAGGAGAGUAAUCUGAGGAGCAGAUCACUAAUUAGGCACCUCUCAGUUUAAGAGGAAUUUUGUAUUACUCUUAGGUGUCUAAUGCUUGGUAUUUGUUUACUUCCUCAUGUGCGAAGAUAUGUAGUAACAAUGUGCCUCAAUUGCAAUGUGGACCAAUAAACAGGCUAGACAAAUUCAUUAGUGGCACAUUUGGCUAACUUUCCAUGUGUCCUUUGCACAUUGCCUCUGAAAUUAAUGAAAUCUGAGCCAUGGAAAUGCAUGUUUUGACUUGCUGUUGAAGCUGGGUAGGCUAAGUAGAAGAGGCUUAUGAAUGGUUCUGUUACCUCUGUGAUUGCAAGCAUUUAAAACGUUUACAUUGUGACUGUAUGUUUGGUGGUUGGUGUUGACGGCAGGAAAGAGGAUAGGACUAAUGCUAUUUAAGGAAAAUCUAAUAUGCUGGAAACUUUAUGCCCCACAAUGUCCAAAAUAGCAAAUACACAAAUUUUCCAUGGUAGUUUGGGAGGACACACCUUAUUUAGCUUAGCAUGUGUUGGUAUUUGUAAAUGACAUGUAAACAUACAUAGGAAAGAUGAAAUAGGCAAGUUUAUAUUCUCAUAAUACUAAAGUCUCCCUUAAAGAAAACUGUACACAUAUGAAAUGUCUUAGGUCUAUUUUUUUCAUUUAAAUUUGUAAUCAGUUACAAUUAAAUAGGGAAAAGUGAUAUUAAAUCUAAAAGUUCUUUCUUAUAUUGACUCUUCAGUAAUUUGAAUUGAGAGAGUGAGAACUUAAAUUGUAUGCUUUACUUGUAGUGUUCAAUUGUAAAUCAAAUUAUUUUGCUCUUAGGGUUAUAAAAAUGAUUAUUGUGGCACAAUGGUUUGGCUUUUGUAGUUCAUGGGACAGUGAGGGAGAAACCUAGAGUAGAUUUUAGGAAAGUCUACAGAUUUUAAUACAGACCCUGGGGAUUUUGUUGUUUGAAAAAUUAACUAAACACAAAUUAAAAGUAAAUGUAAAAAAUGGAGUUUGUUAGGAAAUUACCCUUUAAUUUGUAUUAGGAUGUUAUCUGUUUCUUAACUAUGAGUGUCUUAAUUAGAAUUCUAAUUCAAUAAAUAAUUUAUUUCUUGCCUUGUAGAUAGAGCAUUGCUGUCUUCUUUCAAGAAGUAGGGAAAUAAACAGGAACUAGAAAUGCUAAUGAAUAAUCAUAACUAUGGCAUAAUUGGCACCACAGUCUUAGUAGGAUAAUACACAACUAGAAUAUUAGUAUGGAAGGGUUACAGCUUGCUCAGAAAGGACAAAGGUGUGUGGGUGAAAAUACACACACACACACACACACGAAUUGAGAUUGAAAUAGAAGACAGACUUGUUCAAAAUGCCACGGUAGAGGUAAAAAAAAAAAAGCCAGGGUAAUGUCAUGGUGGAGGUCUACUAUAGACUGCUUAACCAGAAAAAAAUAGUUAGGUAAGCUUUUUACAAACAAAACUAAACCUCCAAAACACAGGACUUGAUGAUGGUGGACUUCCUAGAUGUCUGUUGGAAAAAUAAUACAGCUAGGCAUAGAUUAGUCAAGUUCUUGAAAUGAAUAUUGGAGAUAACUUUGUUCAGAAGGUAGAGCAGGGAACUAAGGGAGAGACUGUUCUAGAUUUGAUUUUGACAAACAGGGAGGAAUUUGUUGAGAUUUUAAGAGCAGAAGAGAGCUUGGAAGAAAGUGAUCAUAAAUGAUAUGGUAACAAGAAAACAUUCCACAAAUACCUUGGAAGCAAAAAAGAUGACCAAGGACAGAGUAGGUCUGUUUCUCAAUGAGAGGGAAAGGAAAAUAGAAAAUGUGUAUAUAGAAGUGCUAAAUACCUUUGUUUUCACCAGACAGGCUAGUAGCAAUUGGACAUUUAUCAUAGUAAACACCAGUAAAAAUGAGGCAGGAUUUGAGGCUAAACCAGGGGAAAAACUAGUUAGUUGUCUUCAGGUUGGCAGGGCCUGAUGAAGUACAUUCCAGAAUACUCAAGGAGCUGAUGGAGGUGAUCUCUCAGCCAUUAGUGAUUAUCUUCAAAAAAUCAUGGAAAAUAGGUUCAAAUUUAUAAAAAGAAUAAGGACAAUGUGGGGAAUUAAAGACCAGUCAGCUUCACUUCUUCAGUAUCCAGAAAGAUAAGGGAGCAAAUCAAUUUGCAAACACCUAAAAGAUAACUGAUACGUCAACACACAUUUGCCAAGAACAAAUCACAUCAGUCUAAUACUGUCGCUUUUUGAUAGGGUAACUAGCUUGGUGAAGCAAGGGGAAAUAGUUGUGGUAUAUCUUUAUUUUUGGUAAGGCUUCUGAUAGUGUCGUAUAUGACCUCAAACUAGGGAAAUAAAGCCUUGAAGGAGCUACUAUAAAGUAGAUGCUUAACUAGAUGGAAACCUGUUCCAGAGUAGUUAUCAAGAGUCAGGCUGGAAGGGCAUAAUGAAUGGGGUUCUGUAAGGCUCAGUCCUGGAAAUUUUUCUUCAUAUCUUAAUACAUGAUUUAGAUAAUGGCAUAGAGUAUGCUCAACAAGUUUACAGACAAUACCAGGCGAGGAGAGAUUGCAAGUGCUGUGUAGGACAGGAUUAAAAUUCAAAAUGAUCUGAACAAACUGGAGAAAUGGCAUGGGGUAUCUAGUAUGACAUUCAAUAAGAACAAAUGUGUAUUCCACUUGGAAGAACAAUAAGUUGCACACUGACAAAGUGAGAAAUUACUAUCUAGGAAAGAGUACUGCAGGAAGCCAUCUGGGGUUGAUAUUAGAUUACAAGCUGAAUUAAUCAGUAACACUGUUGCUGAUACAUGCGGAUUUUUUUUUGCAACAAUAUUGUAAGAGAGAGUAAUUAUUUUCCACUCUGUGCUUAAGGCCUCAACUGUGUGUGUGUGUGUGUGUGUGUGUGUGUGUGUGUUUUUUUGGUGUCUGAGCACCACACUUCAGAAGAGAUAUACACAAAUUAAAGGAACAUAAACAUGAUUUACAAAGAAAGAUGGAAAAGAAAUUUGUGGAGAAGAGGGAACUGUGAGGACAAAUGUUUUCAAAUAUAUAAAAAAAGUAGAAAAAUUGUUCUUGUUAAUCUCUGAGGAUGGCAUAAGAAGCAGCAGGCAUACAUUGGAGCAAGGGAUAUUUAGGUUAGACAUUAGGAAAAGCUUCCCAAAUGUUGGGUAGCUAAGCACUGGAACAAAUUGCUUUGGGAGGUUUUAGAAUCUCUAUCAUUGGCAGGGCUCGCUGAACUGUGGCGAGCCCUGCUCGCCAGCUGCGCUGUCUGGAAAAUCGUUCUGCACAUGUGCAGAUCGCCCGAACCCGGCUCUUCCGGGUUACAGUCUACUCACCCGUGGUGAGUAGAUUGUAUUAUUUGUCGAGCCCUGAUCAUUGGACAUUAUGAAACAGGUUAGGCAUACUUUUCAGGAAUGGUCUAGUUAUUACUUACCCCUGCCUUGACCACAGGGGAAGGGCUAAAUGACCUAUUGAGGUCCCCUACAGUCUUACACGUCUGAUGCAAUGUGACAUUGUGCCAGCUGUCUGUUACACAUUUGUGCAAGAAAGUUCUUCCCAAUCUGACCUCAAAUAAUCAGUUUAAAUGUUACAGCUGUAGAUUGUUUUGAUGGUUUUACAUAUGUUUGAGUUUGUUCUAAUUUUGAAGCUCUGACUUUCUGGAUAUAUUUUCCCCUCAAAAGAACAAGAUUAACACCAUUUCUUGUUCUUACAAAAUCCAUUUGUUAUGAAUAUUAAAUCGGAAUGACUUAAUAAAACCAGGUUUUAGCUGUUCCGGAGCAGAGAAAUGGGUCAUUGAGUGGCUGCUGUUGUUCCAUGCUCCCCUCUAAUGGCAGUCUAGCAAGAUUCCAGUUAAAUCUACAGCGAUGCAUCUUUUAAAGUAAAUGUAUAAUUAAGCAUAACAGUUAAAAUGUAUGUUCAGUGCUACCUACUUUAGUUCCUUUUGCAACAUCAUGACUUCUGAAAUGUCAAGACUUUUCUGAUGCCUUUAUUUAUUUGCAUUUGCUAAAUUUUGUGGCUGGUACAUGUGUAAGCAAAAAUAUUUAAAUUGCACAUUAAACAACUUCAAAUGGCAUGAACUAGUAUGAAAUCAGUAAUUAAAGGUUAUUGAAUUGAGUAAUGUAACAAUUUGCUCUUCAUUAUUGUCAAAGCCUUCAAAAAGCUCAAGUUUUUUCCAUAGGAAAUCUUUUAAUUGAAUGCUAGAUUUGUCAUGUAACUUCUUGUUAAUUCUAAUACAUUCUGAGGAAAUGUACAAAUUCCAUGGAAAAUGUGAAUAAACAAAUGGGAGCUAUAGCAGCCCUUUUUUUUUAA